AUGCUUCCAAAAGCCAUGAAAAGCGGCCUGCAUGUGGCAUUUAGUGGCCAAGCAGUUGAGGGAAAGGUGUUCUCCCCACGUUAUCAAAGCAGAGGAAGGUGUCCCCCACCCCACCCGGCCCCUGCCCCCGAGACUUCCCUGGUGGUCCACGUUAAGACUCCGCACUCCCAGUGCAAGGGGCAAGGUUCAGUCCCUGGUCGGGUAACUAAGAUCCUGCAUGCUGCAAGCGUGGCCAAAAAAAUACAGAAGAAAAUAGCCACCACCAACCCCCUUCAUAUACUAAGAUUGCUUUUGCCAAAUUGUAUUUGA